ACUGCGUCCCGUAUGGUCACGCCGUAGCUUUCGGAACUCCCGAUCUUCCAAAUCCCCGUUCUAGAACGGCAAUUAACGGAAGUUCUCCCCAUAGCGUUUUGCAGAGGUGUGUAUAACCUUAUUUGGGUUGUUGUUUUCGAGUUUUUGAGUUCGUUUCGCGUUGGGAAAGUUGAUUUUUCCGGAUCGAGGAGAGUGAGGUGUUGUUGCGAUGAAGCCGCGGCAGCUGGGCCGCGUGUUGCUGGCCGCCGCCUUCCUGCUGCACGUGUUGGUGGCCCUGCAGCAGGGACAGAUCUUCCUGACGGAGGAGGGACUCAUCAGGACCGUGUUGGACUCGGACGGGUCGGCCACGGAGAACGGCAACUUGCGCGUUCACCAGGUGACUAGCCCGGACACCAUGGUCGUGGCGACCACUGCGGGAGGAGGGGACCAGGGUCCCGUCAGGCUGGUGUGGUGCACCGUGCUCCGCGGCCAGCCCAGGGAGACCAGGCUGAAGAGAUACGAGGGCGUCCUGAAGGAGGUGGAGUCAGGAGACAGGUACUUCGCCCGCUUCAUGAAGCUGUGCCGGGCCCUGCGAGGCCCCCUGGCCCCGGAGUAUGAUGACGUUGACCCGCCGCCGGGGCUGACUGUGUGGGGCUGGCUGUGUGAGCUGGUCCACGGCAUCCUACGGGCUGUGCAGGACUUUUGCCGCUGGCUGGUGGACAUCGUCACCGGAGGAGGGCUCCAACCGACCGUUGACCCCUUGGAUGACCUGCCGGACGAUGACACCCCUCUGGAGAUGAGCCAUGCCACGUCGGCGGCCUUUCACAGGGUCUACGGCCGAACCAAGGUCAUUGUGGCGGCGCUGAAAAACUGCUACAUCCAGCUGCACGCCUGCGAACACGUGAUCGCCCCGGGACAGACACAGGACGGUCUGUUCAAUGGCGGAGACAGGGAGCUGUGGAACUGUGGGUGCCUGGCCAAGUUCUCGUCGUGCAUUCAAAAGUUGAACUACCCAAUGAAGGCAGCACAGCGCGAGAGCUGGCACCACCCCGAGCCCAGGUGCUACCAUCACGACCUGGAACACGUCUGCACCCUCAACCUGGGGCUGUUCUGCGCCCGCUGGGAGAUCAAGCCGAUCGCCAAGGAGCACUUCUUCGCGUCCGGCGUCGACGGCCGCUGAAUGAACGACGUACGGAGACAUCAUGGA